AUGGCGACGGGAGCUUCCCGAUUCCGACGGGCAAAGGGGGCGGUUACAACUGGCUUGGUGCCGGCCGCGAAAACAGUACAGACGGAUGCUGGAUGGGAGCUCAUCUUUGGCGAGGAUGUGGAGAACCCGGAAGUCUUGGAGCAGCACCGGUUCGGCUUGCAGAUGGCGCUCCUUGGACAGGGAACGCCGGAGGGCUUCGUGGAUCACGAGUUUCCUGCGCAAGCCCGGAGCAUUGAUGGUCUCCAGGGCCCGGCCGUCCGCCGCGGCCAGGAGACUCUGAUGGAGCUCUUGAAGACCGUGGACCAGGAGGAGGAGGACGAGGAGGAGGAGCUGGCUCCGGAUGCCCCGCGCUGCCCCUGCGGCCGACGCUCCCGGCAGGGGCGGAUCCAGCUGCCGGGGGCCGUGGCCCGGCGUCCCUACUUCCGCUGCGCCGCGCGCGCCUGUCGCUUUUUCAGCUUCGGAGAGUUCCCGGUGACGCCGGAGGCGCAGGCUCUCUCCUGGGUACGGCUGCGAGCCAUCUCCCCGCAACAGAUGACGAUGACCGGUCAGCAUUUGGUCACGGUGGGACGGGAUGGCUUCCGACCGGAGGAUGCGCGCCUGGGUCCGGAAUGCGAGUCCUUGGGAGACACGCUGUUUGUGGAUGCACUUGCAGUGCUGACAGAACGGCCGAGAGCUUUGCAGAAGCUCCUGCCGAACACAUCGGCAACGGCAGGCUGCCACGAGAUCCGACUCUGCAUCGAGGGCAUCUGGCGAUCACUGCUGCUUGACGAGCGCCUGCCAAUGACCUCUUCUAGCCAGGCUCCCGGUGUAGACAAGAAGAACUUUCACGAGCUGCUGGCUUUUGGGCGCUGUGCGGGCAACCAGCUCUGGAUCCCAUUGCUAGAGAAGGCAUAUGCCAAGGCGCACGGGGCCUACCAGUUUGCCUUUCCUGGCACAGCUCUGCACGUCUUCUUAGAGGAGCUUACGGGUGCGGUCGUGGAACAGGUCCAGCUUGGGAAGCCCAGUCGAAGCAGCUCCGGGGAAGCUCUGGAUUCUGAAGAGCUCUGGGAGUUUUUGCUCCGCCACCAGCGAGAGGGCACUCUCCUUUGCUGCGUCUCGCGGUAUCCCCUCCAGACCUCCGCCCCUUCGGCCUUUGCGGUGCUGGAGAUGCAGGGACAGGGCUCCAAAGGUCGGGCCGUGCGCCUCCGGAACCCACGGGUCACUGGAGUUCAAGCUACAUUGGCCUACGAGCGCAUCCUCUCCCUUUUGCGGGGUACCCCGGCUGAGGCGUCGACCUAUGCCGAUGGCUCUUUCUGGGUUCAGUUUUCGGACUUCCUCACCGGCUUCUCACAGGUAUGUAUCUGCCAUGCCUCCUCCACCGGGGGCUCCCUUCUCCACACGCGGACCUUCGAGGGAGACUUCACGCCCGAGCGCGGAGUUGGGAUCCGCGGCUGCAGCCUUCGCCUGGCCGCGCAUGCCGGCACGGAGCCCUGCGAGGUUUGGCUCUCUCUCCUACAACCGAUCCCAAAGGGGGCCCGGCUCCUGCAGCCAUCCAUGGGGCAGGUUUUGAACGACCUCUCCCUGGUGGUCCUGGAUGCUUCCACCGGCGAGGUGGCCGCGGCGGCCCUCUUCGGGGCCCGGCAAAGCGGGAGCUGUCGCGUAGCGCUGGCACCUCACCAGGUGGCGAACUGGCUGGUAGUGCCCUUCAGCCGUCGGGCAUGGCCAGGAGCCGUGCGGCUGCGGGUACAUGCGUCGCAGCCCGUGGAAGUGCAGCGGCUGUCAUCGGAGCAUCACGAAAGGGAAGCGCCUUGGAAGCCGCUCUGGACCAUGGUGUCGGCCGCAGCACAGGGCACGGACGGCUCCGCCCCGGCGCUGCGCGGGGGCCUGCGGAGCGCAGGCUGCGCUGUGAGGAGGGCCGUGAGCGUGACAACGGCUGCAGGAGAGAUAACAGCAGUGACGGUCGAUCUGUUGGAGCUUCGGGCGGAGGGUGUCGUGGUGCUUCUCCUGGACAACACCUUUGCGAAGCACGCCUUGCUCUUCGAAGGUGCAGUUGAGGGCAACUUCGUGGUCACACAGACCUCUCGUGGACAGCAGGUGGGAGACUGGUGCGGGGAAAGGAACGAGGAAAGUUUCAGUGCCGGAGCCCGCACGCAGUGGCGCCGCUUCAAGGUGGAGGAUGUUGUGCCCCCGGCCUCGCGGCAGAUGCUCUCGAUACACUUCGCAACAGGCACGGAUUGGGAGACCGAGCUACUUGGCAUGAAGGCCGUGGUUGUACCGGUGGCGAUGGUUGGGGCUCGGCCCGCGAACCACCCCUUCGCCCCGUACGCCAUCCGUGGCGAGGACUCUCUGCCACCGGGCCUCGCCGUGGUCCAGGAGGGCACUGGCGAAGGGUCCGCUUCCGGAGGACCGUCGUCGGAAGCUGUGGAGUCGCAAGAGGAUGCGGAGCUGCAGUUGGCUCUGCAGCUGUCGAUGCAGGAACUGCAGGAACGGGAAGCUCAGCCGAAAGUCGGAGAGCCGCGCCAGCGCUGGAAACGCCGCAACAGGGCCGAGGGAGGCAGCGAACCGAAGAGCUGCUGCGAGCUUCUCCCCGAAGGGCCUUUGAGGGCCAUGCAAUGCUGCGCCAAAGUCUGCCGGACCUGCGCCGUGCGAUGGGCCACGGAGCAGGAGGCGCAGGGCCUCGCUGCCACGGAGAUCCAGUGCCCGCAGUGCCAAGCUGCAGUCGAAGAGGCCGUGCUCCGCCGCCUGCUGAGCAAAGAGGCCUUUCAGCGGGCCAAGGAGCGCCUGAAGCCACGGCCAACAGCCGCCCCUCCGCCCGAAAUCCCCAGCACGACGAUGGCGCGCCUGGGUCUGAAGCAAUGCCCCGGCUGCGGAGAAGGUCUCCAGAAAGAGUCCGAGACCUGCCACAAGAUGAUCUGCCGCAGCUGCCGCGCCCGGUUCUGCUUCCGGUGCCUCAUGCGCCUGGAGUACUUCAACUGCGGCUGCACGGGUGCAGAGCACCGCUUCGUGGAUCCAGUAGACGGCCG